AUGGGAGAAUAUCGGCCACCCGACACGUUUCAAAUCGGCAGCAAUAGACCAGGCCCUCAUCCAUCAUCGACAGGCCGCCCCGUGGACCAUCCGGAAUGGCAUCAAACAACGCCCAGCGGAUAUCAGGUGGGAUCAAAUCUGCUGGGUGAGCCCUGGAGUAACGAUCAGCCUUUCAAAGUCAUCGUGAUGGGUGCUGGGGCUGCAGGGAUUGAUUUCCUCCACCAUGCGCCUAAAGCUCUCGCCGGGCUCAACGUUCAGAUCAAGUGCUUCGAGAAAAAUGCCGACGUCGGUGGAACGUGGUACGAGAACCGAUAUCCCGGUUGUGCUUGCGAUGGACCCUCUCCUAGCUACCAGUUCGCCUGGAGACCGAACCCCGACUGGUCGAAGUACUACUGUGGCUCGCCGGAGAUUUGGCAGUAUCUAAAAGGAAUUGUCCUUGACGAAGGGCUAGAUCAAUAUAUCCAGCUGCAGACAAAAAUCGUGAAGGCUUCCUGGGAUGACACAAAGUCGAAGUGGAUCCUCGUCGUCUCCAAUGCCACGAAACAGUGGGAGGAGGAGUGUGAUGUGUUCCUGAACGGCACUGGAUUUCUCAAUCAUUGGAAAUGGCCCAAUAUUGCUGGCAUAGACACUUUCAAGGGCCGUCUGUUCCAUACGGCGGCAUACGAGGAAGGAUAUGAUCUAAAAGGAAAGCGAGUUGCUGUUAUCGGGAGUGGAUCCUCGGGAGUCCAGGUUGUCGCAUCGAUAUAUCCUGAAGUAUCAAAGCUUUACACUUGGGUGCGCAGUCCGACGUGGAUCACCGCGGGCUUUGCACAGAAGUUCGCUGGCCCUGACGGAGCCAAUUUAGAGUAUUCUGAAGAACAAAAGGCAGAAUGGCGCCGGCAUCCUGAAAAAUAUCGCGAGUAUCGCAAGGUCAUCGAGGAUGAGAUCAACCUUCGCUUUAAGGGUGUAUUGAGGAACACAGCUGAGUCCCAUAAUGGAAAUGAGUUCUCUUAUAAAGAAAUGUACCGCAAGCUGAAUGGAGACCCCCGCCUGGUGGACAAGAUCAUUCCCAAAGACUUCAACGUGGGCUGUCGACGACCAACGCCGGGCAAUGGCUACCUAGAGGCACUGGUCGGUGAGAAGACCACUACCUUUACGGAGACCAUUUCUUGCAUCACGCCGAAGGGUUUCAAGGACCAUACCGGUCAAGAAUACGAGUGUGAUGUAAUUAUUUGUGCUACGGGUUUCGAUACUUCUUUCCGACCUCGUUUCCCCGUUGUCGGUAUUAACGGAGUGAGCCUUGCCGAGCGUUGGGAGAAAGUACCGGAGAGCUACAUGGGUAUUGCAGCGCCCAGCAUGCCCAACUAUUUCAUGUUCACAGGGCCUUUCACUCCCGUGGCACAGGGAGCUAUCCUGCCAAUCCUCACCUCGAUGAGUAAUUACUUCUUGAAGGUCAUCGAGAAGAUGUACAAACAACAUAUUCGCCGGAUGACGCCAAAGGAAUCCGUUAUUGAAGAUUUUAUGGACCAUAGCCGUGCCUAUCUUCAAAGGACGUGCUGGGCGGACCCGUGCAAGAGCUGGUUCAAGCAGGGCAAGGCUGACGGUCCAAUUGUGAUGUGGCCAGGAUCUCGACUGUUGUUUUUCGAAGCUGUCAAGGACCCCCAGUGGGAAGAUUACGAGAUUGAAUAUCGGUCAGGCAAUCGCUUCGGGUUUUUUGGCAGUGGAUUUGUGCCGUAUGAGUUUGGAGCCGCGGGAGAGAGCUCUCCAUAUCUCAAUGGUGACUUUGUGCAUGCUCUCCCUAGGAAAGAGGUCGAAGAAAGAAUUGCGAAGAGCAGGGCCGGUCAGUGA